GUCUGACGUCACAUCCAGGAAGUUCUCUGAAGUGUUACCAAAAUAUUUUGACUUAAAUAAUCUCUCAUAUCCUGAUGUUGUGUCGAUAUGUUCAAUAAUUAUACUGAUACAGACAUGCAGAUACAAGCACCAAAACUUACACCAAAUGACCAUGAAGUACAAGGUCUCAUAGAAAGCCGCAAUAAACAAGAACUUCAGGAAUUGUUAGACGAUGAAGACAAGUUAAUUGGAUUAAUUACUGAUUUACCUCAGGUUAAAAGGUUACAAACGGAUAAAGAAAUGACAAUAGUAAAAAACAAAAGUAUGGCUGAAUAUAACCUCUCUAUAGAACCAAAAUUAUAUGAAAUGAGGUCAAAGGUGGCAGCAAUGUACGAGGAGGCUAAUAAGCUUAAAACAGAACUUGCUACAGAUAAAUCUAGACUUGAUGCUAAAAGAGGAGAGAUUUCCUUAGAUGUAAUGAGUGUCAUGUUACAAACAGAAGCUGCCAAAUCGGAAGAAGAAAGUGAAAAACUAGCUGAUAACUUUUGUGAAGGGAAGGUUGGACUUGACAAUUUUUUAGAAACCUACAUUUCAUCUCGAACUAUGUCACAUUUACGUCAAAUAAAAUCACAAAAAAUGAACGAACUUGUGCGGGAGCAUUCUCCGACUAGGAAUAGAGGACAGAUAAGUUCUUCAUAUAACAGUGAUAUUCGAUCUCCUGGACUUGCACCUUAUCCUGCAUACAGUUCUAGCGCAGGACAGUAUCCAGCUUCUGGCUAUUCCAUGCCACAACCUUAUUAUGCUAGUUGAUUUAAGAUACAUGGUUUUAGGCUGUGUCAUAUAAAGAAAUAAAUGCAACAUUUUUGACAAUGAUUCUUUUUUUCUGUGAAAAUUAUAAUUAUAUUGAGUGAGUGAUUCUUGCAAUGAGUACACUUAUUACAUGUAUAUAUACAUAUAUUUUUAUUGUAACUUUUCAAUAUUAGUACUAACUUGGAUAAGGGGUUUUAUUAUAUAUUAUGUGGUUUGGUACUAUCCUAUUUGUAGGGGGUACUUUUCUAUAUAUCCUUUUCAUACCUUGUAUAAAAAUUCCUCAAUUCAGGCAGUACUAUUUAGCAGUGUAGAAGGAUAAAAUAUAGAAACCGGCCCUUAAUGAAAGGCCUUGUUGCAAAUUGUUAAUUUAUCUUGCAUCAUUUCCACUCAAUAAUUGCCCUGUUUAGAUUGUUCUUGGCUGUUUUAUUCAUUACAAUGUUUGACUUUUGUAAAGGUUAAUUCUUCAAUAACUAAAUUCAGGCAAUUGUAUCAUUUUUUUUUUUUUUCCAAAAUUGGGAUUAUUGUCAGUUAUUGCUGUUUUUAGAAUGGUUGUGCAGGUAACACUUUUAUAAACAGUAUUAUACAUGUAUAUUUGUAAUAUAUUAUGCGACAAGGAUUUUUCAAAAGUGAAAAUUCAUGAAAUGAGUAAAAAUUAUAAGCACUCUUACUGUAGAAGCACUACUAAAAUAUAUAUAAAUAUUUUUACACAUAUGAAAUCAAAUGCAUACAUUUUUUUUCAUAUUUAAAAAAAAACAGUGAAAAGACUAUAGAUAUUAUCUAUAUGUGAUGUAUGCAAAAAGAUGAAACCGUUGGAAGACUGUAGUCUUAAAACAUUAAGUUAACUUUUCUUUACAAAUAAUGCUAAAACAAAUGGAAUAUAUUUCUUCUUUCUUUAUUUUUUAUUUAAGCAUCUAUGUCUUUUCUAUAUCUGAAUAUUAUUUAAAAACAUCAUUAUUUGAUUUUUUUAUUAUUUCUGUCAGUAAUUUCAAUUCAAUUUUAGUAAUUCUAGGUCAACUAUGUGGAUAAUAUUUAUUUUGAAUUAUUGUAUUUUUUUGUAUUUUGACUGAACUAUUAUGUAGUGUCUAGACCAUUUGUGAAUUAUAUUUUUGUGUACAUUUUGUUUGUUUGAUGCCAAAUUUAUAUUUAGUUUUAAACUUAUACAAGCUAUCACUAACAGAUAAUGUUGUAAGCCUCUUUUGUUAAGUUUGAUAUUGAUUUUUCAUAAAAUAUUUUCAUACUGUAUAAUGUUAAGUGUGGAGUUUGUCUAUGUAUUGUGUCUGUGAACAUUGGGAUGAAUAUUUACUUGUUCCACCCUUAGUGAUAAAGAUUUGUAUUUCUUAGAAUGUAAGUUUAACUAUUAAAUAUAAAUUCUUUUUUCAAUUGAUAAAUUUGCUGUUUCCAGAAUCUGAUGUGUUCUCUAUAAUAUUUUCAAAAGUGUACACUGUUGUGAUUGGUUUAAAAAAGUCCUACACAAUGGAAAUUCAACCAAUGACUUGAUGAUAUUUUCAUUUUUGGGUACGUAUACUGAACCCUUUUUCCUUUAGAUUCUGAAAUGGAAAUUUCAGACUGCAAUUGACCACUUGAUUGCUUGAAAAACCAGGAAUGGAUGCAAGAACAAAAUUUAUUACACAUAUUUAGUCAACUUCAAAUUCAACAGCUAAUGUUUGGUAAAGCUUAAUAAAAACAAUAUUUUGUCAAAUUGUUUGUAAAUAAACAUCCAAUUUGUCAAAUUCUUGUGAUAUUCAAGAUUCUGUUUACAUGGCUCAUGUGCCUGUCCAAAGUCCGUCAGUGGUGUUCUUUUUUUUUUAUUUUAAUGUAUUUCUGUCAUUUAGAGAAUUUGUGUAGUUGAAUGUGUCUGUCUUUAUUGCUUAAAAUAUAUUAAAAAGAAGAGAAGAAAUUAUAACCAAUUUCACUACAAAAUCAUUUUUCAAUUUUUCUAAUCUGUGAUUUAGAAAAAUUUUGAUUGAUCUAUCAGACUGGUUGAUAUAUGUUUUAAAAAUGUGUAUGUUUCAUUCUGUUUUUUGUUGUUGAUGUUCACAAACAAAUGUAUAUAGUUUUUCUGUUUUUAAUCAGUAAAUUGAAAUGAUUUUUUUUUGCGUUAUCAGUUUGAAUUUUUAUAGGAGCUCUUAUUCUCUAAUAUUACAUUCAAACAUGCCAUACUUCUGAAUUUUGUAAAUUUGGAUACAUUAAACCAGAUUCUUGUGUCCUGUUUUUGCUUUAAUCAUCAUGAUUUUGUUAAAGUUUUGAUAGAAAAAAUAAUUUUAAAGCACCAAAAAACUAUUUUUUACAGCUCACUCGAUCUUUCCUACUACUGAGAUUUUAGACUUAAACAAAAAAUUACUUACUGCUAUUAUCAACUAGAAAUUAAGGGGGUACACAACACUUUUACUAAAAUAAAUUUGGUUCGUUUAAUUUUCAUAAAAUCUUGAUAAAAUAUUUACCUUGACCUGUUGACAAAAAUAUAAAAAAAAUCAAGAAAUUUGAACCACACAAUUUACAGGAAUAAUUUCAUUGGAUAUAUAGCAGUUUGACAAACACUAAUUUUGAUCAUUGAGAAGCUUGAUUUCUCUUUACAAAUAGUAUGGGAUUUAAACGCUCAGCUGAUUUUUAAAGAGUUAACUCCCUUAUAUGUUCUGUACCCCCUUAAUAUUUAUGAGCUGAAAUUUUCUAAUUAAAUUAAUCAGACACCACUACCUCAACCGAUCAGGGGGAAAAUCAACUUACAAUUUUGUUCUUAUAUUUGUCUUACGAAAAUCCAAAGUAUAAUUUAGUUGUUGUCAUAGUUAGUGUUGUAAAAACAAAAUCUGAUUGGAAGUAAACCUGAAUUAUAGUUACAAAACAUUAAAAACAUUGAACAAGAUUAUUUCUGUGUUAAAAAAUAUUGAAUUUUACUCCAAAUGGUCAACGAUUUCAGGUAUUUACGUUCGACUUUACACAUACCGGUACAUAUACUAGACAUAGUAUUAGCAGAGGCUUUUAACUUUAUACUUGUAUUUAAGAAACCAUGUAGGAAGCCAAUGGAAGCAAUAUUUGUUUGUUUUAUAUAUUGGUUGGUUUUGAAAAGUGCUUUUGUUUGUUAUGUCAGUACCUCUGUUCACAUUAGGGGUUCUAUUUUAUUGCAGUAAUUCAAAAAAAGUUGGGGGUUAUACAUUAAAAUAUGCAUGGAGCUCAGGGAGGCACUUUAAAAUGGGAAACUGUGGAUUCAUUUAUUUUCAUGUGUACCAAUUUUCUUGGAUUGAGGAAAAAUUGUUUUUGUGUGUAUAUUUGAUUUCGUGGUUUUUCCAAAGUCUGCAUUCAAGCCCUUCGAAAAUUUGUACUUCUUUGUACAUUUAAAUUUGGUCCAUUUUUUCCCAGGAAAUCUACGAAAAUUGGUAUCCCCCACUGUACAAAAAAGUAUUUGACACAACCCAUAGUUGAUAUUUCAAAGUGCCUCCCCAGGGUCCCAUGACAUGUGUGUAUUUAUGCAACAGUCCUGAACACUGAUCUACCUAUUUUUGCCCAUGUGAAAUGACUGAAGGAAACCUAUCAUGGCACUCCAUGCAACAGAAUAUAACAUUCUUUUCUAAUGUCACUAGGAUAAGGAACUCCUUUAAUUUAUUGGUAUAGUUUUAUAAUGACUGUUUAAAUAUAUAAUGACUGUUUAAAUGUAAUUGUAAUUAAAAUAUUCGUGAAGACAGUUUUUGAGAUUGUAGUUACAUGAUGUGUGUUUUUACAUAUGUUUUUGUUAUUUACCUCUACACAUGUGUAGGCAUUUCCAGUACAAAGUCCUCCAUUGAGGUCUAAAAGAUGUGCUUUGGAGUGGGAAGCAUUUCCAGUGCAAAGUCCUCCAUUGAGGUCUAAAAAGUGUGCUUUGAGUUGUAGGCAUUUCCAGUACAAAGACCUCCAUUGAGGUCUAAAAGAUGUGCUUUGGAGUUGUAGGCAUUUCCAGUGCAAAGUCCUCCAUUGAGGUCCAAAAGGUGUGCUUUGCAGUGGGAGGCAUUUCCAGUACAAAGUCCUCCAUUGAGGUCUAAAAGGUGUGCUUUGGAGUUGUAGGCAUUUCCAGUGCAAAGUCCUCCAUUGAGGUCUAAAAGGUGUGCUUUGCAGUUGGAGGCAUUUCAUGUGCUAAGCCUUCCAUUGUGAUUGACUUUUUAGUAACACCCAUAUCUAAUAUUAUAAUUAGUUAUGAUGUUAUGAUAUGCUGUAUCAACCCUAAUGUCUGAGGCAUUUUUUUUAGAUACUGUUUACUCAUGUUAUGACAUUUAAAUUUCUUUCCAUGGUUGGCCAUUACUUUAAAUACAUACCAAGUUUCAUUGAGGCAUUGGAUCCAUACACAUUGAAUGAUACACAAACAAUAACAAAUUAACUGUUCCGAGUUUGAAGUAUUGACCUAGUUAGCUAUUUGUUGUGUUAACCAUUCAUAUUAAUUUUUUUUAGAGUUCUAUAGAAGUCUUGGCAAACAAAUAACAUAUUUAAGAAAUUUGGACUUUGAAAUGAUGCUUUUCUGUAGUAACCAAACCAUUGCUUAAUACAGUUCAAAGGUUACAAGCUGUAGAUGCUAUUGAAGUUUCACUUCAAUAAAUUGAAUUGAAUUGUUUUAUUGUGAUUAUGAUUUACAUAAAAAAGAAAUUUCACAAAAUUAAAUAUUAAAAAAUA